AUGAAUCAACAAGCAGACAAUGACAACAUUUCAAAAGGAACUUCUCACGGAGGGAGUCCGGAAACUUUGACGGGCAGUGUCGGGAGUGUCAGAUACACUAGAAUCGAGAUAAUGGAUAAAGUGCCAGAAGAAGUGAGAAACUAUUUGAUGGAAGCUCAUCAAUUGGCAGGACAAUGGUCUCUUCCCAAUAAUCGAGGAGAUCAUACAAACUCUGAGGCAACGGAAAUCAACUCCGUAGCAAUAAUAGGAAGUGGAACAAUGGGAAAAGCAAUGGCUAUUUGCUUCUGUUUGGCUGGUUUGGAUACUUUUCUUGUCGUUAGAAGUGAACAGAAAUGUCUAAAAGAAUUAGAAUCAAUGUAUGCAACGGAGAAGGCUUUCAAAAGAUUGAAUGAUGCUAGAAUCGAGAAAAUAAAGAGUAAACUUCGCAUCACUACAGAUUUAGAGAAGUUGAAUGAUGCUGAUCUGGUUAUUGAAUCGGUUUUUGAAGAUUUGAAAUUGAAGAAAGAAUUGUUCACAAAACUUGAUAAAAUCUGCAAAUCUUCAUGUAUUUUUGGAACGAAUACAUCUAGUUUUAAUCUAGACGAUAUCUCAAAUGUUCUCAAAGAUCCAUCGAGACUUGUCGGUCUUCACUUCUUCAAUCCAGCAAAUGUAAUCAGAUUGGUUGAGGUUGUUUAUGGAUCAAAGACAUCUUCAACUGCCAUUGCAACGGCCUUCGAAGCAUGCGAAACAAUCAAAAAGCUUCCAGUUCUCGUUGGAAACUGCCCAUCUUUUGUGUUCAAUCGUUUAUUGCAUGUAUAUUUCAAUCAGAGUCAGAAACUAAUGUAUGAAUACGGAUAUCUGCCACAUCAAAUCGACAAGAUCAUCACUAACUUUGGAUUUCUGAUGGGUCCAUUGACAGUAGCCGACAUGACUGGAUUCGAUGUGAUGGAGAAAUUAAAGAAGGAAAAUGGAAUUGAACCAAAUGAACUUGAAAAAGAAAUGUGGAGACAAAAAAGAUAUGGAAGAAAGACAAACAAAGGAUUCUACAAAUACGACGAGAAAACCCAAAGAAAAGAAGUUGAUUCUGAAAUGGAACAGAUGAUUCGUCAUUUCUCUCAAAACGCAAAACCAAACAUUCAAAUCUUGAAUGAUCAGGAUCUAAUCAAUUUCAUGUUGUAUCCAACUAUAAAUGAAGGAUUUUUGUGCAUUGAAGAAGGAGUUAUCAGUCAUGAAAGUUUGAUUGACAUCAUGUUUAUUCUCGGAUUCGGUUGGCCAAUUCACACGGGCGGUCCAAUGAGAUUCGGGAAAACAGAAGGAAUCGAGAAGGUUGCGAACACUUUGAUUCAUUGGAACUCAUUGGAACCUAAUGAUCAUGUUUAUAUGGUUGCAAACAAAUUAAAAAAUGUUGAUAAGAAGAAUAUGUCAUCGAAAUUGUAA